CUUGCUGCCUGAGGGCCGAGGCCGCCGAGCCGAUCGUUCUGCAAACCAAACCAAACCGAAUCAAACCUCCCCCAACUCUUCUCCCUCACUCGUCUCUACUUAUCACACCCGGACGCCGUCAUCACACCUCUCCACCCACCAUUCCUUUCUCACGUUGAUACGCCAGUCCCCCCUGUUGCGGGGUCACCACGCUAUGGAGUCCUCCAGCAUGGUGAUCCCAUCGGGUCAAGAACCUCAUAUAUCCUCAACUGUACAAAAUGGUUAUUCGCAUUCCUCGGUCGAUGAAGACGCGCCCGCAGAGUUCGACAUCCCUACCAAGAGCGAGCCCAAUCCAUCCGUGCCCGUCGAAUCGCACCCCGUCUCUGAGUCCUCCUCCGAAUCCGAUGCGGCAGACGACUCAUAUGAGGCCGAGUCUCCGCCUUCAGAUGGAGAAGAUGAAGAGGUUGUGAUGGAAAACAGUGGCGAUGAGUUCGCUCAGUCUAGCCGUGAAAACUCUUCAUCGCCAGAACCGGAUCGCGGCGUGAAGCGAAAAUCGUCGCCGCCAGACGAAGUCGAGUUCAUGCGACAAAACCCCGACCUGUACGGCCUCCGCCGCAGUGGUCGCGCGCGCCAGACACGUCAUCUCGUCGACUCAUCUGAUUCCGAUUCCGAUGUAGUCGCGCCACGCUCCAAGCGCCGGCGCAAAGAACCCUCUCAACAACCCUCCAAGACCUCACGGUCGGCCACAAACUCGUCCUUUUCAGAGACUGAUAGUGACGAGUAUGGUGGUAAGGGUGCCCGCGCAAACAAGGCUCGGCGACGUCGUCUAAAACAAGCCGCCAGUACAGAACCAUCCUUUGCUGAGGUCCGCUUCUCCACGCGAAACGCCGCGAAGGUGUCCAAUUACAACGAAGAUGAAGAUGACGAGAUCUUUGAGGAAGAUCCAGAUGAGGUCAUGGACAAUUACUGGGCACAAAAUUACGUGGAGGAUACCCGCCCUGCGGUUGAUGUCGUUCUGAAUCAUCGCUUAAAGGAAGGCGUGGAUCCCAAAAACCCCAACGUCGAUCGCCAAGACUUUGAGUUCUACAUUAAGUGGCAGGACAAGUCGCAUGUUCAUGCCACUUGGGAAUCAAAUGGGUCCUUGGCCAACUAUCGCAGCACACGGCGCGUGGAUAACUAUGUUCGUAAGAUACUCAACGAGGAGCUCCGACUGCUCCAUGAUCCCGACGCCCCCCCAGAGGACAGAGAGAAGUGGAACCUUGACCGGGAACGAGACGUUGAGGCCAUUGAAGACUACAAAAAGGUCGAGAGAGUCAUCGGUGUCCGAGAAGGCGAUGACGGCACCACCGAAUAUCUCGUCAAGUGGAAACGGCUGUUUUACGACUCAUGUACCUGGGAGGCCGAGGACUUGGUCAGUGAUAUCGCACAGAGCGAGAUUGACCGAUACAUCGACCGCUCAGCUCGUGUGCCCGUCUCGGACAAGAAUGAGUCGAACCCGGCGACGCGCCGGCCAUUUGAACGUAUCCAAUCCUCUCCGGACUUUCUGCAGAAUGGAGAACUCAAGGAUUUCCAGAUCAAAGGUCUGAAUUUUUUGGCAUUCAACUGGGUGAAGGAUCGCAACGUCGUCUUGGCAGAUGAGAUGGGACUUGGAAAAACGGUCCAGACAGUCUCUUUCAUCAAUUGGAUGCGGCAUGUUCGGCGCCAGCAAGGCCCAUUCAUUGUCAUUGUCCCGCUGUCAACCAUGCCGGCAUGGGCUGACACAUUUGAUAAUUGGACGCCGGAUUUGAAUUAUGUCGUCUACAAUGGCAGCGAGAAGGCGCGCUCUGUACUCCGGGAUUACGAGUUGAUGGUUGAUGGUAACCCCAAGCGGCCAAAGUUCCACGUCCUUCUUACAACCUACGAAUACGCUAUGAACGACUCCCCCUUCCUUGGCCAAUUCAAGUGGCAGUUCAUGGCGGUCGAUGAGGCCCAUCGUCUUAAGAACCGCGAUUCGCAGCUUUACAUCAAGCUGGAUGAAUGGAAGUGCCAGGCACGCCUUCUCAUUACGGGUACUCCGAUCCAAAACAAUCUAGCUGAGCUUUCCGCUCUCAUGGACUUCCUCAAUCCCGGCAUGGUCCACGUGGAUGUUGACAUGGAUCUCAACUCGGAGCACGCGUCACAGAAGCUGGCCGAAUUGACUGAUGCUAUUCAACCGUUCAUGCUGCGUCGCACCAAAUCAAAAGUUGAGUCCGAUCUUCCUCCCAAGACGGAGAAGAUCAUUCGUGUUGAGCUCUCUGAUGUUCAAUUGGAGUACUACAAGAACAUCCUGACGAAGAAUUACGCUGCUUUGAAUCAUGGCGCCAAAGGCAUGAAACAAUCGUUAUUGAAUAUCAUGAUGGAGUUGAAGAAAGCUAGUAAUCACCCAUUCAUGUUCCCAAACGCAGAGGCGAGAAUCUUGGAAGGUAGCACUCGGCGAGAGGACAUUCUGCGUGCCAUGAUUACUAGCAGUGGCAAGAUGAUGUUGUUGGACCAACUGCUCCGCAAGUUGAAGACCGACGGUCAUCGCGUUCUGAUCUUCUGUCAGAUGGUUGGCAUGCUCAACAUUCUUAGUGAAUACAUGGAAUAUCGUGGCUACAAAUAUCAGCGCCUUGAUGGUACCAUCCCUUCGGCUGCUCGCCGCCUGGCCAUUGAACACUACAAUGCCCCAGAGAGCACAGAUUUUGCCUUUCUUCUCUCUACAAGAGCGGGUGGUCUUGGAAUCAACCUGAUGACUGCUGAUACGGUCGUUCUCUUUGAUUCCGAUUGGAACCCUCAAGCCGAUUUGCAAGCCAUGGCGCGAGCUCAUCGAAUUGGACAAACCAAACCUGUCAGCGUCUACCGCCUUGUAUCCAAGGAUACUAUUGAGGAAGAAGUCAUCGAAAGAGCCCGGAACAAGCUGAUGUUGGAAUUCAUCACAAUUCAGCGUGGCGUGACUGACAAGGAAGCCAGUGAGAUGCAGAACAAGAUGGCUCGUGUGGUCAACGAACCCAACUCCACCGAAGAUAUCUCCCGCAUCCUUAAACGUCGUGGCCAGAAGAUGUUCGAGCAAACAGAUAACCAGAAAAAGCUUGAACAGCUUGAUAUUGACUCUGUUCUCGCCAAUGCAGAACUGCAUCACACCGAGCAGGAGGAGUCGAUCCAGGCAGACGGUGGUGAAGAAUUUUUGAAAGCUUUUGAUUUUGUCGACAUCAAGGUCGAUGAUCUCACAUGGGAUGACAUUAUCCCUCAAGAGCAGCUGGAAGAGAUUAAGGCGGAAGAGAAGCGCAAGGCCGACGAGAAGUAUUUAGCGGAGGUUAUUGAGGAGAACAGGCCACGAAAGCGUCACGCGCCCACUGAGUCGAAAGAGACUCGUGGAGAGCGCCAGGCCAAGCGCCAGGCGAGGGCACAGGUCGCGAUUGAAGACGAUGAGGAAGAUAGCAGCUCCCUGGAUCCGAAACGUCCACUGGAAGAGAAGGAAUACCGCUCUCUUUCGCGGGCCUUCCUACGUUACGGUGAUUGGGCAGAUUGUGAAGAGCUCAUUGUCGAGGAUGCUCGGCUGCAAAACCGUGAUCGAGAAACCGUCUAUGCGGCACUCCGUGAAAUCACGGACAAGGCUGCCUCACUUGUCCAGGAAAACCUGGCUCAAAUGGAGGCGAUCAAGCAGUCCGGCAAAAACUUGACGAAGAAAGAACAGAAGGCUGUACUCUUUGACCAUCAUGGUGUUAAGCGCCUCAAUGCUUGGACCAUCGUCGAUCGGCCGCCCGACAUGCGUCUCGUGCGGAAGAUUACAACCUCCCUCCCAGACUUCAAGACCUUCCGUCUUCCCGAAGCCACCAAAUUGGCCGAUUACAGCUGCCCGUGGGGCGCUCGCGAGGAUGGAAUGCUUUUAGUCGGCAUCGCACGCCAUGGAUUUGGCGCUUGGGCACAGAUCCGAGACGAUGUUGAUCUAGGCCUGGGUGAUAAGUUCUUCCUAGAGGAACACCGGGUGGAAAGGAAGACUCAGCGUGCUCAAGGGGAAGAAAAGACUACAAAGUCCCCGGGAGCUGUUCAUCUUGUUCGUCGCGCGGAAUAUUUGCUCUCCGUUAUGAGGAAUAAGCACAGCAACGGUAGCAACAUUAACGCGAAACGAGCCGUUGAAAACCAUCACCGGAACAAUAAGCGCAACUCGCGCGUUGGUAGUGGCAGCGUUUCUGCAUCUCCGGCUCCAUCUGCUCGCAAGGGUCAUCGUGAGCCUGACCGCUCACGACCUCGUUCCUUCACGCAUGGCAGCCGUGAUUCCGGUGACCGUCACCAUACUCCAAGCCAUGACCGCCCCAGGUUAGGACAGGAUGGUGACCGUCCUCGCCACCGUACCUCUGACGCAGCCCACGAUGAGGCUCGUCGUCGCAAGAGUCACGAGAAUGGCAGCUCAAGCAAGGAGGACAUGGCUAAGGCGUUCUUCCGGCCUAUCGUACCGAACCUUAAGCAGGUCACCAUGAUUACAGCGAAGAACUAUCCCAACAAGCAUGAGCGGGCUCUCAAGCUACGCAACACGAUUGUGAAGAUUGGGAAAUUCAUUCGGAACACGCUGGAAGGUGAACAGUCUAUGCCUUCCCUUGAGAGACGUCUGUGGGAUUAUGUUUCCUCCAACUAUUGGCCCAACAAGGAGGCCAGCGGAUCCAAACUCCAGCAGAUGUUUGACAAGGUCAUGGAAGCCAGCAAGGCCGACAGUGAAAAGAAACCGAACGGUUCAUGACCCCUGAGGGAUUGUGCCGCUCGAUACUUGAGUCGGGCUGGUCCUUGUUCUCUCGUGGAUUCUCUGAUGCCGUAUCGAGCAUUGCUGGCCGGGGCCCACAGUCCUCGACGUCUAGCACACCUGAGCCACCGGAUUUCCUCCCCUCCCACUCCACCUCCCUAUUCCUCCCAGCUAGGCCGGUGUUGAUCAACCAGAUGACAUGUCAUUGGCCUUUCUUUUUGAUUAAAAAGUACAGUACAUAUGGACGCGAUGAGUUGCAUGGCAUUGCGAAGGCGUCGGAAUGGAUUGCGAUUCAACGCAAUCAAAACUGCUCACACAGCAUGAAAUAGGAGAAUCCCGAUCUGACUUACUCGAAUAUGAUUCAAAUGUCAAGACGAUGUUUGCAUGGCGUGUUUGGUGCUCUUUACUGAAUUCCCUAGGAGUUGUGUUUUAUCCUACUUCGUGCAGGUAGAUCACCUUGGACCCGCGACGCCGGUCUCUACUGAGAUCUUGCCGAAACGGGGUACAAUUGGAUUUGCUCUCGGAUUCUCUUUUGUUCUCAUUUCGUUUUCCUUCGAAGCUCCUCACAUUUUCACGCAUGGCCCCGGUCCCGUUUUUUUUGCGAUAUUGGCCGCGGCCGUUCUCGUUCUUGUUGUUAAUUUUGUUUUCGUUCUUGAGCACAUGUAUCCUAUGGAGUGGCCAUCAUGGCGUUUAUUUGUUGCUUCACAAGAUCAUUCAACUAGUCGGGAGUACUAGUCUUGUCUUACAUUUCUUCACUUCCCCGUUAGAUUGAAUCGAAUUGAGACUGGCUAGAGCCUUGCUGAUGGGUCUCGGCUUGAACUAUCAACUCUUUCU